GGGAAGCGUAGUCGCUGUUUCUCUCAUCAUGCGGGAGGGGUAGCUCGCUCACCUAAGGGCUGCAACCAUAGGCUAAUACGAUUCAUACGAAGCGAGCGCGAGACAGCGUCGGUUGCUAGCAGCGGUUUGGGGAUGUUCAUUGGGUAGUGCAGAUGGCGCGUUUUGUGUUCCGGCUUGGGGACAUCGGACUCGUAUUACUUUACCUUUGGCUGAGCGGAUGCUGGGCGUUGUGGAGGUGCGGGAACGAAUGUAUACAACAAACUCUGGGAACUAUCGUAUCUUUUCUACAAGAACGACUAUACAUUUAGAAUAUGAAGGGACCCAAUUUCAGGAAUGGGAUAUUGGUUCGUUUUGUACGGCUGUUGAUAAAAAACUUUUCCCUUGCUGUAGUGCACCAAAAACAACAAUCCAUUGUACAAUUCCUGGAACUCAUACAAUUAAACCAGUAGUUACUAAUCCGACAUUUGAGGAUAAUGAACGCUACUUAUCUAUAAUUUCUGAUGUGAAUUGUUUUUUGUGGUAUAUUCAUCAAAAAACAAGCACAGUACAAGAAACAUACGUUGAAUUGCAGGAUAUAAAAGCAUGGGUAUUUGAUCCAGAAAAUGCAGAUGACUCAGAACUGAAAAAUACUGCAACUUCACCACCUGAAUAUUCAGAGACACUUAGCAAGCAGUUCUUGAAUUUGGGACAGAGACCUGUUAUUGUGACAUUUCUCAGAAAAAUCAGAUACCAUGAAAAAUCAUAUGAAGCAGGGGUCUGGACGCUUAGUGUGCCUACUGUAUCGGAUGACAUUGUUGCAAGCAUUUAUGGAAGAGCAUUUACUUUUCAGGAUUGUUUUGUUCUUGAUACUCCUUUUACAAUUGCCCAGCUAAAGUUUUCUUUUACUUCUGAACCAAGUGACUUCUCCAUCACUCUUCCAGCUGGUAGUAGUGCCAUAGUAAGAUGGGCUGCAUGUGUUCCAACAGCAGCAGUUUUAUUGACUGAUUUUGGUACUUUCCACACAACCGAUGGAUUUAUAACUUCACAGGAAAUCAAAUUUCCACAGGAAAUUUUAGAUAUAGCCCUGAGUAACAUGGUAAAAGCAGUGUCUGUAGUUUUUCGAGAAGCUUACCUUUUAAUAGGGGAUAUGGUUUAUAAGAUAUCAGAAUACGACAUUUCAAGUCUCGAAGAAGAUGAGGAGCUUCCAGACUCAGGAAUAAUUGGAAUACGGUCAAGAACUUGGUGUGCAUCUGCAUACCCAGUUGAUGAACAUGCAUUAAGUGAACUACUUAUAUGGACAGAAAAUGAAAUUUACCAAGGAUUCAGUGGUGAUGAGUAUAAACUGUUGGAAAAUACAGCUAAUUUAAAGAGACACCUGAAAUUACGAGAAAAUAUUGAUCUAAAAAUAGUUGCCGCUUGCUAUGACUCACUUUCUAGUACAAUUUUAACACUGCUAGAGUGUACGAGGUGCACAACCACCCCAGUUUUAUACUUGGCAGCAUACGAUGAAGAAAGACAACUAUGGUUCUUGAGAGAUUUGUCCCUACCUCCACCUAUUAAUGUGCAAAUAGAAGUAGUAUAUUCAGCAGCAACAUCUAUGGUGAUUUGGGGUGAUGAUAAGAUCUAUUAUAGUUAUAAAGGAAAUAAAGUCAAUGGUUAUCUUAAAGUGUCUAAUACAAAGGAAUUUUCAGCAGCAUCUGAAGGAAGCACUAUUCAUCAAAUUAUCAUGGAUUAUGGUGGGAAUGCCAUAAUAAAGAUGAAGAAUAAUGUCCUAUAUUUCUUAAAAAUUGAAAUGACAGACACUGUGAAGCUUGCUGCUUGGGAAAGUGAACGUACACCUUGUAUCUUUUAUUUUAAUCCUUCUGGUGGUAUGUAUUUGCUGACAUUCAAGGGUACUACUAUACAUCGCCAGACCUAUCCACUGAAAUUAGAAGUAUAUAGUACUAUAUACAGUUCACAAGAUGAAGUCUGUCCAUACAUAUCAUUUCAAUAUAGUAUGGAUUUUGAUCAUUAUUAUCUGGACAAAGGACAAAACAUAACUUUUUGGACUCAAAUCGUCUUUCGGGAAAAUGAGGGCUUAUCUACAGAUAUUGAAAUUAACAGGCCAGAGCUGCUGAAGGAAAAAACAUAUACUCAUUAUGAAAUUGCUCGUGGAAUCUGCACUAAGAAUCUGACAAUGACAUUUUAUCAUGACCAGGAUUACUCUGAAGUGGAAAAUUAUACAGAGGAAAUGCUUAAAUCAAGUGGUGUUAUGACAGUUGAACUGCAACCUUCUUCAACUGGAAAAACAUGUAUAUCAAAGAGCAGGAUUGCUCACAUACGUGUUGGUUGCUAUCCAAGCAGAAGCCUGGUCAUUGAAAGCACGAGACCAACAACUUGUGAGCACUUUAACUUCACUAUACCCAAGCAAUCUACGUGGCAUGAAGAGAAAGACGUGGUAGUAGACUAUGACAUGUCAUACGGUUGCCCAAUAGAAGUCCAUUAUGCUCUGCCAUUUCGUCCACUUCUUGCUUUAUAUAUAGACAAGAUGCGUAUUAGUACCGUUGAGGCAAACUAUGUCUUGUGGGAGGUUAAUGGCAGAAAAGACUUUUCUUACAACACGACUAUGGAAGACGUGCAUUGUUCACAUAAAGCACAGAACUGGACUGGGUUGCUCCGUAACUUGGACAUGACAUACAGAACAGCAGUUAAACUAUCGGAUGAGAGAUUCCUUUCAAUUUGGGGACCACAUAAUUACAAAUCCUGUUUUACAACAGAAGAUGAAGAUAUACGAGACUUAAAGCAUCCAUAUGAGAUAAUGAACAGCUCUGGCAUCAACUCUAUCAUUUGGCCUCAGUACUAUACUGGCAUUUAUAUGUUCAAAUUGAGGGUACUGGACCCAAAUUUCAGUUUUUGCGAUAUAGUUGUGAAAUUUGCUGUCCGUACAUUUGGUGUCACUGAAAGAACAAGUUUUCUCAGGAUUGCUGGUUGGUCUGUCUUGUUAGUAACCUUUAUUUUGGGAUGGCUUGUCUGCAGUUACUUCAGAUAUACAAAGAUAUUUCAGAAACUCAGUUACGUUGAUCCUCUGCAGUCCUUUCAGGGGGUUCAUGGACCUCUUUCUUCAUCAGAGGCAGCACAUUAAUAACAUCUAUCUUGUAAACAGGUUUUAAGAAAUAGUGUAAUAUUUUCACUUAAUUUCAGAUUUAAAAAAAAUAGAUCUAAGACAAAUUUUCCAUAAAAACAUUUCCAUGAGAAUUUCAAAACCCAUUCUACUAUUGUAUCUGGGAGAUACUACAAAAUAAUUCCUGAGCCAAUUAUUCCUGAGGAUUGUAAUUGGGUAAUUUAUGCUGUAUUUGGGGGCAGAUGUUUGCAUGCAGUAGUUUCUUCCUUCUGGCUUCCUCCAUUAUUCUCGUCCUGCCCUCAGAAGUCUUUUAACAGUAACACUAGUACGGGGGAUAGACAUCUACAGUAAUAGGGACAAUUGUGGGUACUUGUGCACUACUAGCUUCUAGGUGCUUUUGCAAAGUUGCUACAAGCCGGGGACCUGGGUGGACUGGGGAGAGAAAAUGAUAGCCCAUUUGACAGAUACACCUAAGACCACUGAAAUCUAUGGUCUUAGUCACACCUAACAUUGCCUAAUAUGGAUUGCAUGACAAAAUUUUUAUAGCACACAAUAUACAUUUCUAGGACUUCAUGUCAGAAUUUAAAGUCAGUACUAAUAUUUGUUUUGAUCUAUUGUGUUAUGGAACUCAAACAGUAUACAAUAUAGUUUAUUAUCUACUGUAUAGAGAUCUACUUAAAAUCUACUUGCUCUUACUACUUCUAAAAAGAAUUUCCCUGUAAAAACUUCAGGAUAAUCCAAUUGCUUGUACAAUUAAAAAUUAUUUCUAGCAGUUUCCUUCAUAAUUUUAAUGUUACAUGUAAAUGUAUAAAGUAUGUUCUGCCCAUUGCAAUUUUGUAAUAGAUUCUGUAAUGUAGCUGAGAAAUGAGAAAUAAAAAAUAAAACAUGA